AUGCGAAAACCGCGGACAAUAUACUCGAGUCUGCAGCUUCAGCAACUGAAUAGAAGGUUUCAGAGGACUCAAUAUCUUGCCCUGCCAGAGAGGGCAGAAUUGGCUGCCUCUCUGGGACUAACUCAAACGCAGGUAAAAAUUUGGUUUCAAAAUCGGCGAAGCAAGUACAAAAAGAUAAACAAGCAGCCAGGC